CCAUGGAAGUUGUCGUCCUCAUCUUCCAUAUACUACGUCCAUAUGCGUACAUGCACCACCAGUAUAUCAUGCCUCGCGUGUUAGUAACACAACCAGUGAUGAUGGCCUAACCUCACAAUUAAAAGCAAAUUUUUUUUCUGCCCCUAUAUGUAUAUGUAUAUAUAAAUUUUUUUCUUUUUUUUUUUCUUUUUGUGAACAUGUCAUCAUUAUCAUUAUUGUUGUCGUCAUUUCCGUCAAUUGCUGUUAUUUACACGACAUUUGAAUUUCAAGUGAAACGCGCGUGUUAUUCUCAUUGGAGCAAAUCAAUUCCCGGAUUCCAUUACUAUACAUCUUCGUUAUUAUGUCUCGGGACAUAAUAUCCAAUUCAUCUUCUAGUUGAUCUAUUUUCUUUCAAUAUAUGUAUUUUUUUUAUAAAAGGAUCUCCCCUUCCGCAUCAUCAGUGGGCCAGCUGAUAAAUCCCCUCAGCACUUAAACCUCUUUAGGUGAAGAACCGUCGUCGGAUGCGAAGGAGACAGAGUGUGUUUCCAAGCGUGAUGACGUUACUUUACUCGAUAAUAGGGAGCUCGCUUUUUGCUUAAAGAAACCUCUUUGCCUCAAAAAAAAAAGAAAAAAAAAAGAAAAGAAAAAAAAUAUAACCAAGACGAGAAAAACCUCAAACAUGACUAUAUAAUUUUCUCGAAGUCUUCGCUCUCCUCUAAACCAAGACAUUAAAGUAUUUAAGAGAAAAAAAAAAUUUCGACCAAAGAAAAAAAAGUCUUUUUUUUUCCCUCCUCAAUCCUUAAAACUUUUAAGGAGUGUCUUUAUUAACUAUAAACGACAAAGACUUUUUCAUAUAUACAUAGAUUAAAAAAAAAAAAAUUCAUUUUGAUAAGUAAAAUAAUCGUAGCGCCAAUUCACGAAAUUUCACGUCAAGAGACAAUUUAUUCUAAAGCAGAAAAUCAAGUCUUGAAUAAAGACAAGUAGUGUAAACUCCAAGCAUGAGAGGAGAAUAAUGAGAAUACUUCUGAGAAAAUUUUAUACACUCGAGAAAAGCAUCAAAGCUUUUGGCUUCAAAGGGACAUUGCAUCUAUAAAUCAUUCGCAUCUUCAAGAAGAAGAAGAAGAAGAAGUCAGUCUUUUCAGUUCAAGCAAAAGAAAGCUUCAACUAGUUUUUUUUUGGUCUUCUUCUCCUUCUUUUAUUUUUACAACAUUUAAAACACAAAUGGAAGAAGGGAUUUUUCUUAACGAGUUCAAAAUUGAUUCACAAUCGGAAGAAAAACUACAUUUCAACUGAGUUCCCAGUUUAUAUAUAUAUAUAUAUAUAUAUAUAUAUAUAUAUAGAAGAGAAGUAGAGAAAACAAAAUUUUCUUUUUCUUUUGAGUUGUUGAAAGAAGAGUUUUCAAAAUUAAUCGAAAAAUGACUGUAACUCAUAGAGAUAAAGAUGGCAAAGUUGUUUGGACAAAACAUUGGGGGCCAGAGAGACUUGUUGAAAUUUAUAGAGAACCGGAAACAAGUUUGGGACUCAGCAUCGUUGGCGGAAAGGUGGAUCUAGUGAAUACCGACAGUUCAAACAACUCUAAUGUGUCCGGAGUAUUCAUAAAAAAUGUAACACCCAAUACACCAGCUGGUAGGACAAGGGAGUUGAAGACGGGAGACAGAAUAAUCGAAGUGGACGGAAUAGAUUUGCGGAAUAGUACAUAUGAAAAAGCUGUGGAGGUGAUUCAAGCCUCCGGCAAUCCGGUAUGUCUUCUGGUACAGUCAUUGGUGCAUAUGGAAGAUGUGGAUCAAUCACGUUCAAGAGUGGAAUUCGUUAAACAAUAUUCUGAGAAAAAAUCUGAACCUACUCAACGCAGUUCAAUGCGCAAAUCUUCUAUGAAGAAGUCUAUUCGUAAGAAAGCUCCAUCACCACCAGGGGAAUCCCAAAUCAUUCGGGAGAUCACAGAAGAAGAACCACGAGAACCAGCAAAACCAGUACCAACACGAAAAUACUCAUCGGAUGAAAGUUCCGAAGAAGAAGACGCUCGCGAAUUAGAGGGAAAUGUUUAUACAAAAGCUGGCGUUGAAAUUUCGAGGAAAAGUGCUGGUAAUGUAAAACGAACGAAAGCGGAAAUUGAAGCUGAUCCUGAAGAAGAGGAUGAUUUCGGAUAUACAAACAGCAAAGUUCAGAAAAAAUAUCACAAUCUGGGACCAACAGUCGUAAUGGUCAAAUUAGAGAAAAACAGACGUGGAUUAGGAAUUUCAAUAGCUGGUCAUAAGGAUAGAAAUAAAAUGGCAGUCUUUAUAUGUGGUUUAAAUCCAAAAGGAGCCGCUUUUCAAAACGGUGGACUAAAAAUUGGAGAUGAAAUAUUGGAGGUAAAUGGUGUGGUACUAGUAGCAAGAUGCCAUCUAAAUGCAUCAGCCCUUAUAAAAGGAAUUCCAGGACCAGUUUUUAAAAUCAUUGUUUUCAGGAAAGCUGGCCGAGACGAUCUUUCAGUGAGACCGAUUACUCAUUUUCCACCUUCUUUAGACGAUGAGGCAACAUUCAGCCAAUAUAAAGGUGUACGAAUUGUAUCAAUUAAAAAAGGCCACUACGGUUUAGGCAUCAUGAUUAUCGAAGGCAAACACGCAGAAGUGGGACAAGGAAUUUUCGUCUCGGAUAUUCAAGAAGGAAGCGCAGCGGAGAUAGCUGGAUUACAAGUUGGAGACAUGAUUUUAGCUGUCAAUAUGGAUUGUUUACUUGGAUCCACCUAUGACGAGGCAACAAAUCUUUUGAAAAACACCGAGGGAGUCGUUAAUCUCACAGUGUGUAAUCCAAACCAAAGUAAAGUUGCUCAAGAAGAAGAAGCUAGACAAAAGGCCAUCAAAGAGGGCAAGGAUCCAACUAAAAUUGAAAUUCCCAAAGAGCCAGAAAAGCCAAAGGAACCAGAAGGAUCCAAAGAUCCAAAAGACUGUGCCAUUGCUAUUGGAAAAGAUACCACAAUUGAAUUUCCAAAAGACAAAGACAAACCAAUUGGUUUCACUGUUAUCGGAGGAAAUGAUUCGCCUGUUAAUGGAGUUUUUGUACUCGAUGUAUAUCCGGAUGGAGCAGCCGGUAAGGAUGGCCGUUUACAACCAGGAGAUCGAGUAGUAGAAAUUAAUAAAGAAAGUAUGAAAUCGAUAGAACAAGAGAGAGCUUAUCAAGCCGUUCUAAAAAUCGUUAAUGGACCUAUCCACAUGAUUGUACAUCGAGAUCCAAAAGCCGUGGAGGAAUUCGAUGUUGAUCUUCAGAAAAAAUCUGGCAAGGGAUCUGGACUUUGUUUGAUAGGUUAUAAAAGUGGAAAGGGCGCGUACGUUUCAGAAGUGGUGCCCGGUGGUUGUGCCGCGGAAAGUGGGAAAAUAGUAAGAGGCGAUCGAAUAAUUGCAGUUGGCGGACAAGACAUUCGUGAAAUACCAGUCGAAGAAAUUGCUGUUCACGUAAAAAUUUCCAAUCCAGUGCAAUUAAAACUUGCACGAUAUAAAGUCAAGUAACAUGCUACAUAGUUAUUUUCCAUGAAACACCAUCCGCGAACUAUAAAAAUCAACAAUUUUGAUAUAACAAAGAAAAAAAAAGAAAAAGAAAGAAGGAGGCGAAAUCUCGCAAACAAACUUUAGAAACUAAUAAAUAAUUGGACUAUAUAGAUCAGUAUUCAUAUUAGCAAUGAUAAAAAAGAAAAAAGGCGUGCCACGCAAUGACUGGCAAAAAAAAUGUGCGCUAAAAUUUUGCCACAUUAAAAAAUAUUAGAAAAAAAAAAAAAUGGGCAAAAUAAAAAUCACAAAAAAAAUGACGAAAAAAAAAUAAAACACAAGGAGAGAAACUAUUAAUAUAUCGCUUUAUAAAGCUCUUAACUCGGUUCUAACAUAUGUGAUAAUUGAAAUAAUGAAUUAACGUGUUAAUUAAAAAAAAAAAAAAAAAAAAAAAAAGAUAACCAAAUAAAAAUGGAAGUUAUCGACAUAAAAAAAAAAUUUCAAAAAAAAUUAUAAAUCAUAACGAAUUUCACGUUAAAUGCUAUUAUUAUAUAUAAUACUAUUAAGAAGUUUACCAAUUUAUACCUCGAUUUUGAAGCGCAUUUUGUAGCCAGUCGUUGUAAUUAGUACUAUUAGAGGUUCGCAAAAAAAAGUGUAUUUAAAGUUUAAACGAGGAACAAGUUUUUUGUCAGAAUUUCUAGAAAAAAACAUGUCCAUUUUAUAUAUACCUAUAAUAUUGAAUGUAGCAAUCCUAAACAUUCAUCUCCCCUCCCCCAAUCACAAAAAAAUCAUAGUUCUAUUUCAAUCUCUAUCAAAGUUAAGGAAUUGAGAGAUUUGCUCGAGUAUAAUAUAUGUAAAAAAAAAAAAAAAAACAAUUUCUUUGAGAAAGUGAAAGUCGACUGAAAAUUCUGCCAAAUAAAAAAAUACGUAAACGGAUUUUAAGGGAUAAUUAAAAAAAAAAUUCUAUUUUAAUUAAAUAUUUAAAUAAAUUUUAAAAAAAUAACUUUUCGAAAUAAUUUUGCAGAAAAAUAGAUUUUUUAUGCGGGCUGUAAUGAAAUACUUGGAACUUUAUGCAUUCGAGUAUAGAAAUAAAAUUUUUUUAAAUAUUUUCUAGAUUUUAAAUUCUUAAUUUUAAACAAAAAAUAUGUAUUUAUUUUAUUUAAAAAAAAAAAAAAACAAAAGUUUCUCAAUUAUUUUUCAAUAAUUAUUUUUUAUUAUAAAUUUUAAAAAUAAAUCAAUUAAAAUUUGGACAAUUAAUAUUUUAGAUCAAUUAAAAUUUAAAUCAAUCAAAAUUUUGAUAAAUUACAAUUAGUACAAUAAUUUAAAACUUUAAUCGAUUGAAUUUGCAUUUAAUUAAAAUUUUAAAUAAUACAUUUAUUUUGACCAAAAAAAAAAUUUUGAAUUUAUUAAAAGUAUAGAAUCACAUGAAAUUUAAAUAAAAAUUUAGAUUGAAUUGAAAUUUGUAAUUAAAAUUUGAAUCAAAUAAAAUUUAAUUAAAUUUAAUUGUAUAAAGUUCCUGAUUUUAACAAUUAUUAUUUUCUAUUGCAAAAAAAGAUAAAAUUGAAAAAUAUGCAACUAAACAAAAUUUUUUCGAAGUAAAAUAAAAAUAAACUGUGAAAUUUACUGAAUGCUAGUUUAUGCAACUAAAAAAAUAAUUUGAAGUGAAAUAAAAAUUAAAUGUGGAAUUUACAAAACUUGAAAAAAAAAAUUGAAAUUAGAAUUCCCCUCCCCCCUCCCAAAAGAAAGAAAAAAAAGGAAUUGAAAAGAAAAUAUUUAAAAACAGAGAAAAAGGCAGUUUUGUCCGUCCGAUCGUUCACGCAAAUUCUGUCCACUAAAGGGGAGAGAGACCAAUAAAUAUCGAAAAAUCCGGGACUGUCCCAAAUUUCUAACUUUUUAUAUAAUAUAGAAUCUUGUUUUUUUGUACGAUAGAGUAUAACUUUUUUAAUAAUUGGGUGUUUUAUAAAAAAAAAAAAAAAAAAAAAACAACGACGACCCGGACGCUUGAUUGAUUCCUAAAAACGGUCCUUUUGUGGAUCAGUUCGUCAAAUAAUCUGCCUAUCUCUUUGUGAAGUUUCCCUUUUUGAAAGAAGCCAAAAAAUCAUUUACUUACUUAUCAUCUCAAAAGUUAACUUUCACUCUCUCUCUCUCUCUCUCUCUCUCUCUUUCUCUUUCUUCAACUUUUUUUUAAUAUAUAUUUACAUUUACUUUAUUCACAAUUUCGAUUAUCAUUAUCAUUAUUAUUAUUAUUAUAUAAUAUUCAAUUCUUGCCUUAAGAAACUGGCUGCAUUUAUUAAAGUCGAUUUUUGUUAUUGAUAAAUAUAUAGAUAUAAUAUAUAAAUUAGUUGUAAUUUUAUUAAUUGUUAUAGAUAAAGAGAAAUGUUUUUAGUACAAACAAUAACUGUGAGAAAAAACAAUGAUUUUAAGUUCAAAAUGAAUGCUUUUUUCAAAUUUUUAUUUCUAAUUUUUAAUUUUUUUUUUAUUAUAGUUAAAAAAAUAUAAAAAAAUUUUUUUAAAUAUUAAAAUUAAUUAAGAAUUUAUUGUAUAAUUUAUUUAUAUUUCAAUGUAAUUGAAAAAAAAAAUUUUUCAUUCUGAACUUUCAUAUUAGAGUUUUUUCUCACUUUGUAAUGCUGUUGGAAUGUUUUUAUUAUUCAGGUGUCAGAAAGUAUUGAAUGCAAAAUAAUUAUAAUUUAUUUAUAGAGCAAAGCUCUUAUUUAAUGUGCAUUUAUCUUGGUCCAAAAAUCGAUUUUCAAAAAGUAAAAUUAUAAUCAACUUAAUUUCAUUAUAAACUUAAAUUAAUUAAAAUAUUAUUUAAAUUAACAAAUAAAAAUAUUGGAUUAUUUCAUAAAAUUGCCAACAGCAAAAUGUAAAAAUUGCAAAAAAAAAGUUUAAAUUCAUAAAAAUUUGAUAAAAUUUCAAUUUUAAUACCUAUUUUAUUCUCAAAUUAAUUUUUAAAAAAAUAAAAAAAACUUUCGAAAAAGAAAAUUACUCGACAUACAUUUUUUUUAGAGUCGGAAAAUAUAAAAAAUAAAUAUAUAUUCAAAAUAUAAAUUAAAAUAAAAAAAUUUUAAUUAAAUUUCAAAUAAAAUAUUUUUUCAACUACUUGAGUUUUUGAUUUAAAGAAACUCGAACAAAUUAAAAGUUCUCUUCUAAGUCAAAAAAAAAAAAAAAAAAACGGUUUUUGAGACCAAUCUAAAAAAACAUAUAUAUCGUUUCUAGUAUGUAUUACUUUUAUCAUCUAAAAUUAGUACCAUGAAAAUAUUUAUAAAGAAUCGUUCGUAAAAAACGUUUUUUCGAGAAAAAAAAAAGUUGUAAAUUUAGCGAAAGUUUAUGAGCAUUGCCUAAAGUCCGUCGUACUAUAGUGAUAGCAGAGCUUUAAAAAGGCGAUUUUAGCCAUUUUAUCAGAAAAAAAAAAAUUCUACGUUCGUUGCGGAAGUAAAAAAAAACCUAAAAAAAAGAAAUCUUUUUAAAAAAAAGACGAGUAUUAUUAUAUUUACUUCCGAGAAAAAAAAGGGAACACGAGAGGAUUCCGAUGUAAAUGCGGAUUCUCUUAAUAUUUAAAAAGUAGUUUUUUCCGCGUAUCCGCGCUGGUAGAGUAAAAAAAAUUGAUAAUUCAGUGAUAAAAUUAUUCAAUAACAUUUUAGUAUGUAUUUAAUAUUAAUAAUAUACCUUAAAUAUAUUUAUGAGCAUGGAUUUGAGAAACAUGUCUAGAAAAAUUAUAUUAUUAAACAGAAUCAUGUUUAUGGAUCCAGAAUUUUAGAUAUUUAUGUCCUUAGAUGAGUUACUGUAUAUUAAAUAUGCAAAAUAAAUUCAAUGACUAUUUAGCAUUAAUUAAUUUUUAAAUAAUAAAACUUUUUAAACAUUAACCCAAUUUUAACUUUCUCUAAUCAUCUAUAUUUACAUUGAAAAUUUAUUCUUAGAAUUAGAAUAAUUCUUUUCCGAAAAAUGCAGUUGCAUCCUCUUUCAAUUAUACUUAAGAUAUUUACAAUUUAUAUAUAUAUAUAUAUAUAUAUAUAUAAAACACACACACAAUUUAUCUCUUAUUUUGACAAAAAUAUAAUUCAUGAAUAAAAUAAAAAAUUAAAUAUAUAUUAGGAACAAAAUUGUAACUCAUCUAAUUUUGCCUUAGUUUUUCGUGAAAAGGAAAAAAAAUGCGGAAACCAGCGCGGACAAGUCGCUGGAUUAAUUAUUAUAUAUUAUAUAUUAUGUAAGACUUUGUGAAUUUUCAAAAUGAAAUUAUUAUAAAUAUUUAAUGAAUUGUCGAAACGUAUUUAAAUAGUAGUUUUAUCUUUAUGAAAAAAUUCAUGUCUUCCAAAGGCAGAAAAUAAUUUUUUUCGAUUGAAUAAUAUAAAUAUUCGUGAUCAUUCCAUUUAUAUAAAUAUAAUUCUUCAUUUCUAUUGUUUUUAUUUUUUUUUUGGCAAAUUAAAUAAAGAGGAAAAACUACCAAAAAAAAGAAACUAAUGAAAAAUUUGCUUAUUCGGGAAAAAAUUUCUGCAUUUGAAGGACAUUUAUUGAAUCGAAACCUUAUAAAGUAUAUCUUAUAUAGGCACCUGUAUAUUUGUAUUGGAAAUUCAGAAAUUGUAAAUUAAAUUCGGCUGUCACCUAUUAUUAAUUUAGAGAAAUAUAGAAUGUAAGAGAAAAAAGAAACUUUCGAAACCGAAUAAAACAAUUCAUAAAGUA